GGCACGCACUCUUUCGCUUUUUUCCGUUGAGGUCAUCAUCACCAUGAUCGGCUCACCGUGCCACCUGCUUUGGACAUUUUUAAAAAGCCCUGUGAGCUCCCUUGCUUAGGACAUACAUGUUUUCCUUGCAACUUCAGUUUCCAUUUGGAUUUCGGCGGGGGAUCAUUUCAGUCUCCAGGUUAUCAUGGCAGAGAUCGACGAUCUGCUCUUCUCCGUGCAGUUUGACGAUGACGACAACGAAUCGAAUGGUGUAGCGGACGUUGGAACCUCAUCCAGCGCAUCCGUCACAGCGGAGUCAGCUCGUGAGGGGCGCAUUCGGAGGGCAUUAGAGGAAGCGAAGCGGACAUACACAGCCCAGAUUGACAGCGACGCCUGGUACCGCGAGGAGCGAGUCCAAAAAUGUCUUGACGAGGUGGAAUCGAUAAAAGAUGCAGCAGAAAAUGAAGCGCUUACCCGUGCCGUCCGCCAUGCAUUGGAGACCGACAAGCGAUCAGCAGCGAAACUUGAAUGGACACUCUCACACCUAUACGCAACCGCUCGCUACCUGCAGGCUCUCUCGCUUGCGCUUGCUUGUCUGAAAGCAUAUCAGAUCGACGUAUCACCGCUGGCUCGAAGUCAGCUCCAGUCCAAGCCAGGAUCAUUACUACACUUUCCCUCUGCAAGCGGCCUGAGAGAAAGGCUGAUAUCCAGAGGGAGAGGAAAGAGUGCAAACAAGCAUGCAAACUGUCUGCUCAGCCAGAUGGCAUCAAGAGAAGUGCUUGACACCGCGAUACGAUCAAUUUGCAAGCUUUUUGGCGGCGACAGCGACGACGCCAAUCGUGAGGCCUUGUCAAAUCUUGGCAGGCGUCUUGUCGUUCUCGUCGUGAAAGAGUCUCUCUUGAACCUUACUACUUCCUCGGAAGAACGAUUCAAACCUCUAAUCGACGGAAUGGCAUUUCAGCGAGAGGCGCAGAACAUCCAUUGGACCGCCCAUUCUGGCAGCAUUGUCUCAGCAGCGGAUCUUUGUCUCGCCAUGGGUCACUUAUCAGACGCCAUCGAAGCGUACUCAAUAGCCCUGGCAUCACGGGGUAGUCAAGCACGAUUAUACAAAUGCGUCGUUUUCGCGCUGAGCCGUCUGAAAGGAGGCGAUGUGCGAGCGCAACGUUGCCUGGCGAAAGCAUGUGCAGCAGCCGCACUCAUCAGCUGCACCACUUCCAAGCAUCGCUUGGCGCUCGCAACAGAGCUGGAAGCGUAUUUCGACGGCGCGCUCCAGAGCGACGAUGCCAAUACCGAGGUAGAUUCGGGCGAACCAGAUAUUCACGAAGAUGCAGCGUUGAUCAUGCGCUGCCAUGCAGGAGGCUGCCUGACGCUCCUUUCGCUUGUUGCGCUCGUACAUGGAGCUCUAUCCAAACGCGCAGGAGGAGCUGCUGAUCUAGCAGUCAAGUUUGACGAUUUUUUUGCGCGCGCCAAGGCUGAUGUUGAAUCUGCGUCUGCCGGCGACGAGCCAGAUGAGGACACGAAAGAAAGCAGGACCUUCCGCUCCGUUCGCACACUUUAAAAGCGAAAAUUGUAUUGCGUUUAGGUCUAUCGAGCACUGCAUUUGCAUUUGCAUGGGAGUCUGAUGAUACAGUAAGUUGUUUACAGCC